AUUGGAGUCGAUCCCCCGGCUGCCCCUCAGCCGACAUCCUUGCAAGACCUCAGAAUAGCUUCUCUUUUUUUUUUUUGCCUGGGGAGCUUACCAGCUUACCGCCGUCGAACCUCACCACCCUCCGAGGCUGGGCUAGCUCUUCUCAUUUGCUAACUGACCCGCCACGCCCCCCCUCCCCCUCGCCCCGAAAUGACACGAUGAUACAACCGCGAAUCUUCUCCGCCGCCGCCCGGAGGGCGCGGGCGGGCAGGGCGCUGACUAUCUGCCAGCCCUCGCCCUCGUCCUCGAGCCUCCCCCUCCGGAGCUACGCGACAGUUCGCGAGGCCGCCCCACCUCCCGAUCCCUCUCUCGGUCGCGCGCCCCGGGCUUCCAAAGGCGAGAAGGCCCCCCCGCGGCCUAGGAAAGAGUACAAACCGCCGUCCGCGUCCGGUAGCGACAAGGAGUCGACGGUGAUCAUGCGCACGUACAAGCCUAUAAGUCCCGGCCUGCGACACCUGAGGCGGCCCAUCAACGACCACCUAUGGAAGGGCCGGGCCUUUCUUCCACUGACCUUCCCGAAGAAGGGCAUGAGCAAGGGUGGGCGCAACAACACCGGCCGCAUCACAGUCCGACAUCACGGCGGUGGCGUGAAGCGAAGGAUAAGAACGAUAGAUUUCCACCGCUGGAUCGCUGGCCCACAUACCGUCGAGCGUAUCGAGCACGAUCCGAACCGGAGCACGCAUAUUGCGCUGCUCAACGAGGAGGCUACCGGCAGGAAGUCGUACAUCUUGGCAUCCGAAGGCAUGAGGGCUGGCGAUGUGGUGCAGAGUUUUCGGUCUGGCAUCCCUCAGGAGCUGAUCGACAGCAUGGGCGGAACUAUCGAUCCUGGUAUCCUAGCCUCUAGAACGGCGCAUCGAGGGAACUGCCUGCCGAUGCAUCUCAUUCCCGUCGGCACGUCGGUGUUCAACGUCGGGUCCCAUCCAAAGGGAGGCGGCGUCUUCUGCCGAAGCGCGGGCACUUUUGCCAUCGUCGAGAGCAGAGACGAGGAGACGACGGACGAUGGCGUCAGGGUCAUGACCGGCAAAUAUGUUACCGUCAGGCUGCAGAGCGGGGAGGUUCGGAGAGUCAGCAAGGACGCCUGCGCAACCAUAGGCGUUGCUAGCAACCCCCAUCACCACUACCGACAGCUUGGCAAAGCCGGCCGGAGCCGGUGGCUGAACAUCAGGCCGACCGUCCGCGGUGUGGCCAUGAACAAAGUGGACCACCCCCACGGCGGUGGUCGUGGUAAGUCGAAGGGUAACCGACACCCUACCAGCCCUUGGGGCAGGCCGGCCAAAGGUGGUUACAAGACCCGUAGGACUAGCAACAUCAACAAAUGGGUUGUCAUUCCUCGGACGCGGAACAUGGGCAAGCGCAGGAACAAGUCGUCCGUAUAAGAGAACGAACUACCCUCCUGCUAGCCGGACCCUGGCAGACGCUGUCCGUAUGUAUAACAUA